UAGGAAGAUAAACCGUGGUUGUGAAUUUUUCUAUUAAGCUCAAAUGAUAUGAGAUAUCAGUAUAUUUAAAAACCAUUGUAAUGAAAAAAAAUAUAAUAAAAAAUUUAUGAAAAUAAAAAGGAGAAAAAUAAACCCUCAGAAGUCAUUUAACUUCCAAUUUUACGCUUGAUGGAAAAGGUAAAAAAAUAUGAGUACACACUGAAUCACACAGAGAAAGAAAUUAAACGAAGGUAGUGAAGCGUUCUAAAGAACAGAGCUCACUACUAUCCUAUCUCUCCAUCCACCCGAAUCUUGCAGCCAGUUGCUAUUCGGGUGGACCGAGACCCCCUGACGCACGAGUGUGGGCUGACGAUUUCAUGGCGUUUAUUUAAGUCGAUCGGCCCGCCAUAAUAGAGGGCGCAGCAUGCCGUCUACAACAGCGUCGUGUCGAAUUUCUGAAUUUCCUCCCUCGAGCUUUUGUGCCCCUCCGUGGCAAGUGUUAUGGCUGUCACGCUUGGCGACCAUCGUCGACGCCCGUGAUGGCGACCGAAUGUGGCGAGACGCGAGUUUCAAUAGCACUUACAAAAUACUCUAAACCUCUUGUCUUCGGAGUCUUGUGGAAAGUUGAUGGUCCAGGGUGGCUCUUCACUUUAAACGGGUACUUCUCGUAAUCGAGGUAAUUUAGGAAAAAUUGGCGAAAGUUUGUGUAAAAAAUUGUAACUUCUUCCGAGAUGGUCUUUAAGUGGCGGUCGUCGUAGUUGUUGAGAUCAAACAAGUCCGGUGAGCGCGCGUGAACAUCAUUCGCUCCUGUCUUCCUUCCCCCAAAGCAGAAACCUACCUUCAUUUAGGAAUAAAGUCUCGGCGCGACGAGGGAUGCGGCCAAUCAAACGGCGUGGACGUGGCACGUGACUGGCGAAGACCACGCCCUCCUCCUGUUUUGUUGCUGACAAUCACCGUGUCGACGUUCGUGGAAAUGGAGAAAAUGUUGCGAGUGCAAAAAGAGUCAGCGCGCCUGCGGGCCUGAGGAGUGAAGAUUCGAACGUCUGACCACGCAAAGCUGGUCAUCCAGCCAGCCAGCCAGCCAGCCAGCCAAAAGCCUGCUUCCUUCUGAAGUCCACUUCAUGGCCAUCCUGACCACUUCGGGACACUCGUCGGUGACAAGACAAGCAGCGGUGUGUGAUCUUCAUCAGUAGAGUGCUGUAGCCCCACAAUCUGCCUCCUACACCAAGAUAUUUAACUUCACAUCCAGAAGAAAACAACGAUGUUUCCGUCCCUGCACAUCAGUUCCUCAGCCAUCCACGAGCGUGCACUGGGGCGGUUCCCGCCGGAAGUUGAGUGUACUUUCAUCUCGCGUCCCCCGGCCAUGCGCAGUCCGACAGAGGGCGCGCCCGCCCCACGCGCUGACCUCCGUGCUGACCUCCGCGCUGACGUCAGAGCAACCAUCACCAGCAUGUCACUGAGUGCAGCCAUGGCAGCGGCGCCAGCCAUGCGACCGGCCACGUUCCCCUCAGCUCUACCCUUCGGGGCGCCGGGUGUUUCUGCCGCGUUGGGCUUGCCAGCACCCUUAUUUCAGUACCCGGGUAUCUACGGUCAUCCUGCUGCAACGGCAGCCGCUGCGGCCGCUGCUGCUGCAGCAGCUGCUGCGGCUGGAUCGUCGGCAUCGUCUUCAAGGGAUGCUCAUGCGUUGAAACCGUUGGGACUUCCGGGUGGACUCGCACACUACCAGGCCCUGAACCACGCCCAGCUGGCAUCGGAGAUGUCCAAGCUGAAGACUCCGUUCAUCAACAGGAACUACCUGGAGCUGGCCAUGCUGGUGUGCAACACCUUCCGGGGCAAGCUCUUUCCCUGCCCCCAUUGUCGUUACGUCACGGACCGCAGGAACAACCUCAAACGUCACGUGUCAACCAUGCACCAGGCCUGCGACAAGGUGCUGGAAUGUUGUGGAGUACAGUUCAACACGAAAGCCUCGUUGAGAGAACACAUCAUGAUUUUCCACCACAACGGCUACUCGUGCCCAUUCUGUGGACGUCGGUUCUGCCGCAAAGCGCUCUUGAAGCGCCACCUGUCGGUACACAGCGGACAGAAGGACUCGUGCCCCCACUGCGACUACGCCACCAGCCACAAGAGCAACUUGGAACGCCACAAACGAAUCCAUGACCGAAUCCGUAUUUUUGAUGAGACCGGAAAAGCUGAAUUUAUUGGAGGAGACGAGGACGAGGAAGAUGAAAUCGAGGUUGGGAGCGAAAGUGGAGACAUGAUGACCGGCAAUAUUUACGGAGAUGGUCUCCACAUGGGUUACUCCGGGGUGAUUGAAGGUGAACACGGCGAGAUCGACCUCAGAAUAAACAAAGGGAAAAAUAACAAACAGGAAGUGGAAAGUGAGGUCGGCAUCGGCGCAAGCGGAAGUGCGUCUUUGCUCGCGUCUGGUCGAGCUGAAAGGGCUUCAGGUCACUUCGACCACACAGACAAUGGCAAGAACGAUGACCUGGACUUGGACGACGACCUCGACAUGGGUCUGGACGACGUAGAUGACGUGGACGACGAUGAUGAUGACAAUGACAUUGAUGAUGAUAAUGACGAUGACGACGACGACGAUGAUGACGACGAUGACGACUUUCUGAACAGAUGUCGUGUGUUGCCUCUUGUAAAAAGUGCUCACACGCACUGAAGGAAAAUUUAAAACCACGGGAAGCUGAAGAAAAUAGAGAAAUCGUUGUCGACUGUGAUUUAUCAGAUGAGAACACAGAUGUGAACUGAAAUAAUUGCUGGAAGUAAUUUCCAGAUGUAGUGUGACACUAACUUAUUCUUGUCAUUCACGUUUGCUCCAAUCUUGAUGAUAGUACCCUAUUGUUCUCAAAGGUUAGCUGUCUCGGACCUAACCAAAACAUCAAAAAGAAAACAAAACAAACAAACAAACAAAAAAAAAAAAGGGCAAAACUCGAGUACUAUUUUACAUGUACCCCUGUAUAUUUUAUAUUUCGGGUAUGACAACAAUAGCAUAGCAUUCAUGAAGGUUUGCUUGUCCCAAGUUACAGAGAUAGAAAACUUGUCUUGUUUACCAAAACAUUUCAGUUCCAGAAAGAAAAGGUAGAGGUGGGAGAAUUCGUUUCAAAUUAUUACUUUUUGUUUACAAAAUAUGAACUUUGUUGGAAUACCUUUCAUUGGCACGCGCAAGUAAAAUCUAGUCGUUGUAUUUUCCUUUUAUUUUUACUUGUUCACAAAAUGUAAGAAAGUAUUCUUGUACAUAUUGAUGGUAUUACAAAGUAAGUUUCUUUUUAAUCACAACAUGAAUAUGAAAAGCCUUGUUUGUAGUGAUGCAAGGGAGUGAAUGAGUGGAUGAAAGAAUUAGGGCAUUCAAGAUCAGUUUGCUUUCAUAGAAAUCGUUGUUUACAUGCUAAACUAUUUGUACACACAUAAUGAAGUUACUUUGACUUUUUCUUCUGUAAAUUAUAAAAUGGACAAUGUUUAGGGACACGAAUUCCUGAUGUCGAUCGUCGAUGUCACUUUGCAAACGAGAAGACUUUGAAAAAAAAGAUUUGCUCUUGACUUCCAUAAGUCUGAAAAAUGUUUCGAUGAGAGACGAUUGCCAAUAGCUUUGAAAAUACAGUGAAAUAUAUUUUCACUGGAAAUAAGUCUUUGAAAAGGAACUAAACCGAUGGACACGACACGAAUUCAUCUUCGUGUGGAACUGCAUUUACAACCCGAAGAAUGUAAUUUGAUAAAGCUAUUGGAAAAUUAAAUUUCCU